GAAUCCCGGUCAUCACAUUAAACUGACGAUCGUACAGUAAGCUGUCAAAAGCUUGUUGCUUAAAUCUGUGCAGUGCUACAGUAAAGUAAUGAAGAAACGAGGUCGAAAUAAGAAGCAAUAAUUGUACGAACAAAGCGAGAAACAAGCGGGCUGUUGAAGUGGCAUUUCGGGGACACUUGACAUCUUGUUUUCGUUAGUUCAGCUGGACUGUCGUGUCGUCUGUCCUAGCUGGUGCGUGAUUGCUGUUUCCUCUGGGAAGCGGUUCAUCCGUGAUGAUGAGAUUACCAACGAAAAGUGCCUUUAAGAAGAAAUUCCCGACUUGGUUUGUCUACAUUGCUGGCCUAAGCUAUCUUUAAGGCAAAAAGGAUACCUCAACUGCAUGUCCUUUGCCACCACUUUGCACAACUUCAGCACCUAUAAAUGCUAAAAUAGAGCCAUAAUAUAAACGGACAGACAACAAAGACCUGAGAAUGUAUGACUAAAGUGACAAGUCUGCAUUAAAUUUCCCUCAUUUGUCUGCUAUUUAUGGGCACCAUCAUUUGUGGAAUAUACACUUGAACCUGUCAAAGAAAAACACGGUGACGGGUGAUUUCUCAGUGAUCGACGAGCCAUCUGAUCUCGCUGUUCCAGCUGAUGGAGGACACACCAAGUUGCUUUAAAGAAGGACUUUGCACAUAGAGCCAGUCUACAGCUUUUGGUGUAUGAGGCACAAUAAAAUUGAUUUAAAAAAACAAAUUUAAAUUUAUGAUUUUAACCUUUGGACAUGGCGUUGAACAUGUCUUCAGUAAGAGACACUAAAUGGCUAACUCUGGAAGUGUGUCGACAGUUUCAGCGAGGAAACUGUUCACGUAGUGAUGAGGAAUGCAAAUUUGCUCAUCCACCGAAGAGCUGCCAAGUUGACAAUGGGAGAGUUGUUGCCUGCUUUGACUCACUGAAGGGUCGAUGCUCAAGAGAAAACUGCAAGUAUCUUCAUCCACCUUCACACUUGAAAACCCAGUUAGAGAUAAAUGGGCGCAACAACCUCAUCCAGCAGAAAACAGCAGCAGCCGUGCUGGCUCAACAGAUGCAGCUGAUGAUCCCAGGACCCAGCCUGCAGCCUGUGCCAACAUUUUAUGUUGCACAGGGACUGGGCACAAAUUCUGGUCUUGGUUAUGGUUCAUACAUGACACCUUUGAGCCAUGGCAUGAGCCUCAUCCCGACAGACAACCUCUCCAGCACCCCAGUUCUUGUUUCUGGGAGCCCACCUGUCACGGUCCAAAGCUCCUCUUCUUCUUCCUCCUCUUCCUCCUCUUCCCCCUCACAGAAGCUGCAGCGCACAGACAAACUAGAGGUGUGCCGCGAGUUUCAGCGGGGAAACUGUGCGAGAGGGGAGACAGAUUGCCGCUUCGCUCACCCCAGUGACAGCCCGAUGAUUGACACCACAGAUAACACUGUCACUGUUUGCAUGGACUACAUCAAGAGCCGAUGCUCCAGGGAGAAGUGCAAGUAUUUUCACCCGCCUGCACAUUUGCAGGCCAAAAUCAAAUCCAGUCAACAGCAAGUCAAUCAAACAGCAGUGGCAGCCCAGGCCGCAGCUGCAGCCAUGACUCAGUCGACUGCCAAAGCAAUGAAGCGAUCCCUCGAGGCAACUGUAGACCUGGCCUUUCCCUACAGUGUACCCCUACCAAAGAGACCAGCUUUUGAGAAGAGCAGCUGGGCCAACUCUCUCCUCAACCCCAGUUUUUUGCACUACCAACAGGCUCUGGCCAACACACAGCUGCAGCAGCCCACUGCUGCCUUUUAUCCCACAGGUUCUGUCUUCUGCAUGACUCCUGCUAACAGCAUUGUCCCCAUGAUGUACAGUGCUACGCCUGCUACUGUCUCUGCAGCAACUACUCCCGCCACAAGUGUCCACUACGCAGCAACAGCUCCAGCCAAUCAGAUCAUCCUCAAGUAACCACCAGAAACAGAAGUCAGUGCUGUGUUGCUGCUGUUAAAGACGCCAAACAACUGCUCUGUAAAUAUUCUGUUAGCACCACACACAACCUACAACAAGCUGCAUGCUGAUAACAUCACUGAUGAAAAAGUUGUAGACAUUACUUUGAUCUCUUAUAAUAAAUUACAUAGCUCAAUUACUAGGAUUAUACUGUGUUAGAUAAGUGUCACAGAAGAUUAUCGAAUGCACGCGCCUUUGCACCUGCAAUUACAUGCAUCUUCAGUAAUGUGCAUAAUAUCCUGGUUUUUAUCUCCUAAAGCAAUUCUGACAAGGUGAGCAGGGCAUUUAGCCUCCUAAUCAGCUGAAAUGUAAUGUGUCUCCAGUUCACAUAUACGAGCCUCAUAAAUAGAAGUUAGCAAAUCCAGGAAACACAUGGAAAACUGAUAUGGGAACAAACUGAAAUAUUGUUCCCUGACGGUUCUAAAUGAUGUAAAUAUGAGAAAGAAGAGAAAGAAAUGAGCGUGAAAACCUCCUGUAUUGUUAAAAUUGUAUCCUCAAGAUAUUGAGCAACACAUUAUUUUUCCUUUCUUGAAUGUGUUAUGUAAACUUUACACAUUAAUGAUUGUUUAUCUAGUGCCAGCUUUAAUUAUUUCAAACAAACUAGUAAACGCACUUAUUUCAACAUAAAUAUCCACAUUGUAAAAAAAGAAAAAAAAUAAGGAAGUUACCUUUAAAAUGGUCUGAAGGUAGUAUUGUUCACCCUGACAUCCCCAGAGAAAAGUAUCAGUGCUCCACCUCCUGGUGUGCCUUUGAAUUGCACAUACAGUAUGUUUGCUGAGAGAAAACACUGUAUAAGCCAUUUGCUGCAGAUACUUUUUUCUUGAAGGCAGAAUAGCGACAAUGAUUCAAACAUUUAGAUGUCCCUCUAUUUAUUAUAAAGCAAGAAAGCUAUGACAGUGAUGGUUGGCAUGUUGAUCUAAGUGGUUUUCACUCCCGGAGCCUGUUUCACAAAGAUGCACUUUGACUAUGGCUUAAGUCAAUCAGCACCAUGGGUGGGUCUAAAGUUGCUGUCAAGCUGUUUGUUUAGAUAGAAAUAACUUGUUUCACUUUCACAAUUCAUCAAUUCAUUGCAUAGGGCUAAACCAGAGUCAGCUGGCUCGGCCGACAGAAGCCUCUAGUGAUUAGUUAAGGAAAAUCAAAUUCCCCUCCCCCAUGGAAAAUGAGUUAGAGUUGGGCCAUGUCAGACUGAGAUGGAAACAUAGUAUUUCCAGUUGACAAAUCUGUUUCACAUCAGGCAGCUAAAGUCUGGGUGUCUUGCUUCUGUGUAAUAGAAAUGUUGGGGCCUUUUGCACAUCUGUGCCCUCAUUAUCCACCCAUGACAAAACUGUCUGGUUCUCGGGUAUCUUGUAAGGGAUACAGCCAACCAAGUAACUAGAGCCUGACCGAUAUGGAAUUUUCAAGACUGAUGCCGUUACUGAUUGUAGAGGGGGCAAAUUCAUCGAUAUGGUUUGGUGGCCGAUCCAGUCAUUUUUUGAGCUGGAAUGAAAACAGACCUUUUUUAUGUGGAUUUUUCCACCAGUCUGCAAAUGUGCCCAGAGAACUACUUUCUCAAACAUAAAACUUUAUUUAACAUUGUUAUAUGUUAUUAUACAUUAUGGAAAUAAUGUAUUACAUUGUCAGCCAAUUCGAUAAAUGAUAGCUGAGAAAAUAAAGAAUAAAUAGGAAUAAAAUAAAGAGCUAAAUAAAGAUAAUUACUGAAAAAAAAGAAUUUUAAAAAAUUACCGGCAUUUUUAAAUCACACCAAGCUUCAUUUUCUACAUUAUAUAUUGUGAAAAAAAAGUUUUCAUAAGGGCACAUAAUGGACAGCAUUAACACCAAUAAUAUCUGUCAACUAGUAUAUCUGUUGGGCUCUACAAGUAACCACAUCAAAGACAUUUUUCCUGGAAAACUCUUAUAUUAUUACUCGCCCUGCAAUACUGUUAGAAUACCAUAAAUUAUGAGCAUUGUUUCCACCCUUUUUGUUUUUUAUUUUGUUGCCACUGGUCAGCAGGUGUCACUGAUUGUUCCUCUUUGUGAAACAGGCUACUGGUUCAACUUGAACAUAAAGCAAACCAUGUUUUGAAGAAGAGUCUCCAAAGUUAAAGGGGUGUCAAAUUUACUACCGCUCAUUUCUCAAACUAAAGUUCCUGUAAUCCUAUAAAGGACGAGUUGAGUAGUGUGUGAACUGUUAGUCUUAAUGUUACAGUCAGUUGUCAGUACUGUAUUAUUUGAAUGUUACAAGUGCCUGAAGAAUUGUGCAGAUGAGGAUAUCCAUGCACAUUUAAAAGGCUUUGUGUGGAAAAAUCACUCGAUUAAAUCUACUCUACUUAAGUCACACAUAGAAAGAAAAGUUUUGCAAUGCUAUGUCAGUGCAUUAGUAUUUAGUCUUUCGAUUAAUUUUCACUGAUGCUCAAAUUUGUAUGUGUAUACUAUUUAAAAGAGCUGUUACACAUCUUAAUUUCAUUUGUUUCACCUUUAAGAUGGUUAGUGUAUGGCGAUGUUUCCUAAUUAGUUACAAGCACAGUACAGUAAAAUACUUUAUAUAGUAAAGUAGGAUUUAAGGAAGUAUAAGUUUGGUGACAUUUAGUUGUGUAUGGUUGAUACCACAUUAUGCAAUUACCUGUCUUUGUUUGACAGCAGACAGAGAGGGUAUUGUGUUCAACAAAACAGAUGUUAAAAAAAAGUUUUCACUCAUAUAUGUGACGUUCUCUUGAACAUCUUUCAUGUAAUUUUCAGUUCCCUGUUUUGCAAAUAUCAACCCUUCCUUUAAUGUUUCUGCUGUCUUUUCAAGUGACUGAUAUAAGUUUUUCUUUUAAAGAAAAUGUGUGUGUACACGUGUGUGAUUAACUCAGACAAUCCACCAAGAGAUAUUUCGUUCGUUCACAUUUUGUUUCACUUUUUGUGAAAAGUUUUACACAAUAUUGGUUGGAAUAUAAGGAGUAUACUUGCAUAUUUUACUAGUUUUUAACGUUAGAAAAGAACACUUUUAAAAUGUAUUCUCUUCUAUUUCAUGAUGAAUGUAAUUUAUUAAACUGACUUUAGCUCUGCUGGAGGUUCCUCAAAGGGCCUUGUUCUGUUGUAUUAGCCUACGAGAAGCCGUCUUGUGUCCAGGGAUCGAAUGUUGCAGCAAAGAGAAGCUUAAAACGUUUUUCAUCCCUGUCACUGCCUUGUCACCUGUGAGGGACAACGAACCUUUGUAUGAGCAAGGCCAUAGAAUCGCUUUUUAUGUACACAAGUGCAUUGUACAGGCCACAUUUUAGAGAAAGUAACUUUCAUAAUAUUGUAAUAAUAGUUUUUCAUUUAAUUGAUUUUGAUGUGUUUGCUGAGGCAAUCUGAAGUUGCAGUGAUUAAAAACUGUAUUUUUUUUGUAGGGGAUUAAAUUGUUUUUCCUCCUCACAAUAACACAUUAGAUUGUACUGUCAGAUAUUUGACUUUAUUAUGCCAUGGUGAAACACUGUAAGUGAUCCAGUGCAUGAGAAUAUAUUUUGAAGUGUGAAUUUUGUGUUUUAUAUGGUUUCCACUGCAUGUUAAAAUCUUGCAGCAAACAUAUAAUCCACCGUCAGAGAAUCUGCAGUCAGAAGGUCAGUAGUUGACAGUUCAGCAACUGUUUGAACCUUAAUUAUUCAGAAUAUGAUUGCUUUCAAAGUUUAGGUUGUUAUGAGAUAUAUGACAUUUUCCCUUAUUUAUUUUACCUGCAAUUAAAAGGCAUAUAACUGAAUGUUUGUUUCA